UAUUUGUCAGGAAAUUCAUUCCGUUCAUGUCGUAGCAACAAGGAUUUUAUUUGUCCAAACUGUAUUUCAGGUGCAAAUCCCACUGAAUCCUCUGAGCUGGACCUCUGAAGAAACUUCGCAAACAUGAUUGUGUUGCUGUGUUUGUCCGCGGUGUUUCCCGUGUUGAUGGGGACUGAAGUGGUCAACUCUAAUUGUCUUCCUGUCGCUGACUGCUCUGAUGUUUAUUCAAGUGGGAAAACCAGCAGUGGUGUGUACGCCGUCUCCUCAAUAGAUGGACCGGUGCAGGUCUACUGUGACAUGGUCCCCAGCGGAGAAAAUCACAGCAAAGGCCACUGGACAGUGAUUCUCAGGCGAAUGGACGGCGAGGUGAAUUUCUUUAGGCCAUGGGACAGUUAUAAACGGGGUUUUGGUAAUAAAGAAGGCGAAUACUGGCUGGGUUUAGAGUUUAUUCACCUGCUGACACGCAGGAAUCGGUAUAAACUGAGAGUAGAUCUGGAGGACUUUGAUGGGACGAAGGCUUACGCUGUGUACGAGUCCUUCUCUGUGGAUUCUGAGGCUGAUGGGUACAAACUGCAUGUCAGCGGCUUUGUAGAUGGAGGAGCAGGGGACUCUUUGAAUAAGCACAAUGGAAUGAAAUUUUCCACCUUUGACAAUGACCAAGACGUUUGGAGCGGUGGUAGCUGUGCUGUAGAUAAAUCAGGAGGGUUUUGGUACGAAGAAUGCUAUGACACAAACCCCACUGGUCUGUAUUUGUGGGGGAAAGAUCUUAGCAGUUUUAAAAUUGCAGUCAACUGGUACCACUGGAAGAACAGCUGGAAAUCUCUGAAGUCCAUCACCAUGAAGAUCAGACGUGUGAUGUAGACCAGGGGUUACAAAUGCUUCACGACUGCAGCUUGUGCACAUAUAUCCACAACUAUUAUGCAUUCAUGUGGAUCUUUCUUAAAAUAUGGUGACCAGCAUGUCCCAUCAGCUUUCAGUGAGGGAAAAUUGCACAUAAAAUAAUAAUAAUUUGACAUCCAUUUUCCUUUUAAAUACAAAUGUGUUGAAACUGGGUUCAUGAGUUUUUCUACUUGCUUUGUCUGCUUUGAUUUUGAAGCAAUAAA